AUGAGUACCUUUGGCCAAAAGUAUAGAGUAACAACUUUCGGAGAAUCUCAUUCUAAAGGUGUCGGCUGUGUUAUUGAUGGCUUUCCAUCCAACUUUAAAAUUGAUUAAGACGCCUUGCAAUACUAAUUAAAUAGAAGAAGACCAGGAUAGACCAAAUUGACAACUCAAAGAGAUGAAAAGGAUAAAGCUAUCAUAAUUAGUGGACUCAACACUUAACAUUUGACUUUAGGCAGUCCCAUAAUGAUUAUGGUCUAUAAUGAAGACAUGCGACCAUAGGAUUAUAAAUAAUUUGACGACAUACCUCGUCCAGGUCAUGCUGAUUUUACAUAUUAAAUGAAAUAUGAAAUUAGAGCAGAAAGUGGAGGUGGUAGAUCCUCUGCAAGAGAAACUAUUGGAAGAGUUUGUGGAGGAGCCAUAGCUUAAUAGUACCUAAGUUAAAUGAAAAUAUCAAUUUCAGCCUGGGUUUCUUCUGUUGGGAACAUUGAAAUCCCUAAGGAGGUCUAACAAUAAUUGAUACUGAAUCCGCCAACUUAAGAUUAAAUUGAAGAAGUUAAUUCUAAGUAUUAAUUCAGAAAUCCACAUGAAGAUUCUGCAUUAGAAAUGAUAAAAUUAAUUGAACAAGUAAAACUAGAGAAGGACUCUAUAGGAGGAACAGUUACCUGUGUGAUUAAAGGGUGUCCAAUUGGAUUAGGUGAACCAUGUUUUGAUAAAUUUCAAGCGGUUUUGGCACAUGCAAUAAUGAGUAUCCCAGCUACGAAGGGUUUUGAAUUUGGUUCAGGUUUUGAGGGAACCAAAUAAAGGGGUAGUGCUCAUAAUGACAGAUUCAAAAAUUUAAAACCAAUUACUAAUAAUGCUGGUGGUACUUUGGGAGGUAUAACAAAUGGAGACAAUAUUUAUUUCAAAGUGGCAUUUAAACCUGUUUCUACGAUAGGUCUGGAAUAAGAAACUUCAAAUUUUAAAGGAGAAGAUAUUAUUUUAGAGGCUCAUGGUCGUCAUGAUCCUUGUGUAGUUAGUAGAGCUGUACCAGUAGUUGAAAGCAUGGCAGCAAUUGUGGUUCUUGAUUUGUAUCUAUUGAGUAAAUAAAAAUGAGUAUUUUUUAUAAUAAUAAAAUGAAAGUAAUGGAAUAACUGGAAGCUGCCAUUAAAUCGAAUGAUACAGUGACUAAAUUACUUCCAGCUCUUAAGUUAAUAACCAACUCUUUGCCAUUUCCAGAUCGUCACACUUACAUCAAAGAUCCCAAGUUAAUUAAGCUACUGUUAAUUGUUUACCCAUUGUUGCCAGAAGCUAUAGAUAUGAUUUUGGGACAGUUACUUAAUGUGUUCAAAGAGUCAGUGGAAUGGAUUAAGGGCUGUUGUAAGGCCAUAGAAGAGUACGCAGUCUUUAAAUCGAAUACGAUCAGCUCGUCGAAGUUUUAUUCUCUUGAAUAUUUUUAAUAGGUUCUCCAUUGUGCAGCAGAAGCAAGGUACUCAAUUAAGCAAAUAUUUUCAUAGUUUAGAAUUGGAUGACAUCUGUUAUGGUUUUAUUAUAUUUUUGAAACAUGCAGAAUCCGAGAAGAUGGUGUUGUACAUAAUGAAUAAGAUUGAAGCUGUUAAGGAUGAGUAUGGAUACGGAAUCAGGUCUCUUAGUCAGUUUUGUGAAUUGGUUGAAUCAAGUAAUCAUUAUUAUAUGUCUAGCCGUUCUGUAACUGUACCAAGAAGAAAGCAAUAAAAACACUGAAGAUCAACAUUUCAGGUCAGUUGCCAUUGGAUUGCAAGAGAGUCAGAACAGAAGAGGGUUGCAUCAUCAAAAUACUGUUUCAUCACCUUCAAUGAGAUCGCCUGCUGUAUCCAGAUAAAGAUCUGAAUCAUUUGGAUCUCUCAAUGAUGAGAUUGUAGAUAACCUCAACAUUGAGGAAAUCCUUAUCCAAGAAAAACCUCGAAUACUUGAUUCUGAAUAAGCAGAAUAUUUCAAAUCCAAUGAGAGACUCUAAAAUUUGAUAUACUUCAUUACAGAUCCGUAUCUCUCACAACCUAGUCUUAUAUUUGAUACUGAUUUGCUUGCAGAACAUUCAAUUGAAUUUGAUGAAAACAAUUACAAAAAAUUUAAGAAUAUCAAAAUAGAUAAAUUGUUUACAAUUAGGUCGUUUAAGACUUUGCUCUUUCUAACAGAUGUGCAUAAUCACAAAUUGUUAACAGAAGCCAACAAUCAUCUCACCUAAAUCAUCUGUAAAUUUAAUUUAAUCAUUCUAGUUCGAUCAAUCUCAGGGUUUCUACAGAACAAUUAAUCUAUUGGUAACAUCACUCAUAUCGUGGCACUUAUUUAAUUUUAUCUAAAGAAUGACACUAAAGAUACGAUAUAUUACUUUCUAUAUUGCAAUCUUCACUUCUAGUUCUUAGAUUAUAUAUGUACAUUAUAAUAAUAUGAAACUAAUUAGAUAAUUCACAUGUCAUUGACAUUUUGAUCAGAUUCAUUGAUCCAACUUACAAUAGAAUCCCCUCUUAAUUAAAAGAUGAAAUUUGGCAUUUCUUGAAUAGCCAAGGCUUCGUCUCAUACAUCAUUGGCCGCAUUAUUAACAAAGAGUACUUGGGUGUGAAUAGAAAAGAAUUUCAUAUUUCUAAGGAAGGAUAUAAUAUUCUCAAACGUAUCUAUGACCAAAAGGUUAUUAAUGGUAAAUGAUCUAUUCCUAUUUCAGAUGAAAACACUUCAGAGCAACACACUUAUAAUUUGAGUUCCAAUUUAGAUCAAUAUUUGGGUCCAUUGAUGCCUGCCAAAACCAUUUAAUAAAACUUAAUUAAAAAGAAGAGAGUCUUACAUGCAGCUUAAACUUAAAUUUAUACUAGGAGACAUUCAGGAACAGCCAUGACUGGAAAAUUCAAUAAGAUUAUACUCGUUGAAAAUAUACAUCUCUCAGAGUUAAAUGGAAACCAAUAGGAUAUCGAUAGGUUUAAAGAUGUUAUUUAGUUUUACCAUAAUAAUCAGCUUGAAAACGAAGAUGCAAUCACUCCUAAUCAAGUUACAACCAAAUUAGGUAGUGAGAAGACCAUACCCAAAUAAACUCAUAGAAGUGUAUAAAGUGAUCAGUUCUUCAAAUCAGAUUUCUUAAUUAAUUAGGCAGAAAUUAAACCUGUGGAUAUUAAAUCAUUUUUAAGUGAAAAUAAAUCUGUUGAUACCAAAUUACCGUCUCUUAAAUCAAGUACAAAAAUUAGUGGAGGUAGUGUACAUACAAGCAGAAUCGUAAGACAAUCCUCAAAAUAAGCAUAGGAAUUAGCUUUUAAGAAAAAAAAGUCAUUAAGAAUAGAAAAUAUUGAAGAGAUUUCUAAUAACUUUAAAAAACUUAACAAUCCUAUUUCAUCUCCUACAUCAGCUUCAAGAUGUCACAAGUUUUAUCCAAAUAGUGAUAUUAGUGUUGUUGAUCACAUUAUGAGAGAAGAGUACUAAGAAUACAUUCAAUAUAAUAAUGAAUUCAUCUCUUAUUAAAAUAGUCAACUAUUGAAUUUGAUUGUUAAUACAUUUGAAAGUUUAAAUUAUAAAUUUUAAGCCUAAAAUGAUUGCUUUACACAAAUAAUUGAUGAUAAAUUGUUUAACUUUGAAAAAUUAAUUAAACAUUACACUUUAAAAGUCUUAGAACCUGAAAAUGGUAGUGCUUAUGAAUUGGGAUUUUUGAUAAUCAAUGUACUGAAGAAAUUAUCUAAUUGCAGUAAUCUUUAGGAAUAAUGUAAUAAAAUUUAUAGAAAUCAAAUUCCAAGAUUGUGCAGGAACAUUUCUCUAUUAAAUAAAUAAUAGCAAUUUCCUUAGUAAUUAAAUUUACAAUCAUAUUCAGUAAAUGUCAUAGGAACUUAGAAAUUAAUGAUGUAUGAGAUUUUAUAGCUUAUGGUUUGCAAUGUUAGAAUAAAAUAUUCUAACAUCUUUAUUAAAUUGAAUGAUGCUGCUAUGCACAUAUUAACUAUUUAAUUCCAUACUAGUUUUCAUAAUGGAGUAUAUUAGCGAAUUUUCAUGACUUUAGUUAGACAUUUAUUUGUUUAUGCUUCUGAGAAAUAAUUGCUAAGUUUGGUUUUCAAAGUAAAUCUUAUCGAGUCAAUACAUGCUGCUUAUAAAAACACUGUAAUCAAUAGAGUUGUAAUCAAAGAGUGGAAUACAGAAUAAUAUAUACUUUAUUUGCAGCAACUGAGUUAACUAAUAAUUAAUGCCUUUGAUUUGAGAGAGGACUUAAAAUAAUUGAGAUAAUCUUUAAUUAGAUUAUAAUCUUAUUAAAAGUUAAAAGAACUAUCUUCCAUAUCCUAAUUUAAAUUUGACGUUAAUCUAUAUACCAAGGAACUCAUAGGCGCAGAGUAAUAAUUAGUUAAAAUUAAAUUAUGA